GAUGGGUAUAAACCGAGAAAAAAGACGUCUCUCUCGCGCAUGUCAAAUCUCCUCUCUCACGAAACCCUAGGGUUUUGAUUUCUCUUUCCUAAAACCAUCAAAUUCCCAUCUCAUCGCAUCAAUGGAGAGGUCGCCGACGGCGGUGGAGAAGCAAGAAAUGAUCUCGUCGUUCCUCGAGAUCGCAGCCGGCCACCCGCCGGAGGUCGCUACCCGGUUCCUCAAGGCCACUAGUUGGAACUUGGAAGAAGCUAUCCAGUUAUUCUUUCUUGGUAAUGAAGGGGGCAAUGGCGUAGCUUCAUCUUCCAUCCCUCCGCAAGCUGAUAACAAUCCCAGUGAGUGGGAGAAUCUUGCGCCCAAUGAAAAUGUCGGGGAUGUUGUUGGUGAUGAUGAAGUACGCGCUCCAUUGCCAGUUAAAAGAGAGACUCUUUAUGGAGAUGCAUCCUUUGCUAGGUUGCAACCUAGUUCAGUAAUUGCAUUCCGCAAUUUUGAAGAAGAAUCAAAACGACCAGCUGUUUGGGAAUCAGAUCAAAGUGCUGCAUCGACAGCAAAUGGAUCCCGAGAUAAUCUUGCUUCCUUAUAUCGGCCACCCUUUGCUUUGAUGUAUCAAGGAUCAUUUGACAAGGCAAAGGUAGAAGCUGCUUUUAUGGAUAAAUGGUUGUUAAUUAACCUGCAGUCGACUGAAGAGUUCAGCUCUCACAUGCUUAACCGGGACACAUGGGCGAAUGAAGCUGUGGCGCAAACAAUUCGUACUAAUUUCAUAUUCUGGCAGGUAUAUAAUGACUCUAGUGAAGGGAAGAAGGUGUGUACCUAUUAUCACCUGGUUUCCAUUCCUGCAAUUCUCAUAAUCGAUCCUGUGACUGGACAAAAAAUGCGUGCGUGGAGUGGCAUGAUACAGCCGGAUCGCUUGUUGGAGGAUUUACUUCCCUAUUUGGAGAGGGGUCCAAAAGACCAUCAUGUUGCACAGCCUCUCAAACGUCGAAGAGAGGUUUCUCAAGAUUCUAUACUCCACACUCCAGAUAAAACAACCGAAGAAGUGAAGAGGUGCAAGCGGCAACUGGCAUGCUUCUAGUGGAGCGGUAUUAGAAACAGAUUCCAAUAGGAGUCCUCUGGCCACAGCGAGGAGCCCAAAACCGAGAAUGAAGCUGAGACUAGCUCGAUCGCAAAGCCCUCUUAUCCUCCUCUACCUGAAGAACCUAAAGGCAGCAGGGAACUUCUUUGUAGAGUUGGAGUUCGCCUCCCAGAUGGAAGAAGAGUCCAAAGGAAUUUUCUUCGAACAGACUCUAUCAAGCUCUUAUGGUCCUUCUGCUGCUCCCUCCUGGAGGAUGGCGAAACUCGUCCUUUUCACUUUACACAAGCAAUUCCUGGCGUAUCAAAGAGCCUUGAUUAUGACAGCGAACAAACUUUUGAAGAAGCAGGCUUAUCAAAUUCGAUGCUCUCUAUGGCGUGGGAUUGAGGAAUAGUAAACAAACCUUUGCGAUUAUGGUUUCUUUUGUGAACUUUUGUUCUUUUGGGGGCAAACAAAAUUGAUUCAUUAACUUAUUGCGAGUAAUUAUCGACAAAUAUACUUGUAAGUUAGUCUCUGAAUCUUGUUAGUUUCUGAAUCUUGAAGAUUGUAUAAAGUAUAAUUUUUGUUUAUUAAGAAGCAGGUUUAUCAAAUUCGAUGCUCUCUAUUGUGUGGGAUUGAGGAAUAGUAAACAAGCCUUUGCGCUAUGGAUUCUUUUGUGAACC